CCCAGCUCCCCCCACUGGGGCCACGGCACUUCCGGACACCCUUGGCCACUGCCUCUCCCUGAAAACCUACAAGUCCCAUGAGGCCUUGCUGCCACUGGCCACAGCCACUAGAGUCCAAGGAGGCCUCUUCCACCCUCUGGGUCUCCAGAGCCCGCUCUUCCCGUCAGCCUGCCCUACCCUCACUUUCACUGCCCACCAGCCCGCUGGCUCCUUGCUCUCUACCUUCAUCACCUCAGGAGCCUGGGAGUCAGGUAGUUCUAAUUCCUGAUUUACAGGAAGCCUUCCAGAACAUGCCCCAACCUGAGCCAAUGUGCUUCCUGGACCCCAAAGAUCCCUGCACCAUCCUGUCACCACCCCAAACUACGAGCCCACGUCCCGGGCCUGGCACCAGGGAAAUGCCCAUAACCAUGCUUAAGAGGAUGAAGGAAAGGAGCCUUCAGGCUCUCCCUCCCCUCCAGCCCAGCCCAGCCAGCUGGACCACUGACACAGCCCCAGGGCCCCUACGCACCAAGGUGACCUCCUCAGAUUCCCCCUUGCACAGGUCUGCCCACACGCUUGGGUGCCUUCCCUGCCUGGAGAGGGAGCACUAACACCUUCA